AUGAACAGCGAGGAGUACAAACAGAAAAUGCUAGAUCUCCUGAAGGACGACCAAACAUACCAGCCCAUAACACGUGACCCCACCUCGCGUUUCCAGAAACUAAACAACAAUCUCGUACAACGUCUACACACACUGAAGCUGAUCGACUUGAGAACUACGUACAAAUUGAAAACCAACAGCGCGUUAUGCCCGAGGAUAUACGGUCAACCAAAGGCGCACAAACAGGGACUGCCCUUAAGACCAGUGGUUCCCAACAUAACAGCGCCAUCUUACAACCUGUCUAAGUACAUUGGACAGAUGAUCCGCAAAUCGAUCAACAGCCAGUACAACGUCAAGGAUUCUUUCGAAUUCUGUGAGUUUAUCAACACUGUCACACUACCACCUGGACACGUGUUGAUCUCACUUGAUGUAGUCUCGCUCUUCACAUGUGUACCCAAGCUACUAGUCGUCCAUGACGUCAUAUAUGGGUGGGAGGGGAUCAAGAAGCAUGCCAACAACAUCAAUCUCGACCUUUUCUUAGAGAUGAUCGAGUUCUGCAUCGACGCGAGCUAUUUCAAGUUCAAUGAGCAGCAUUACCAGCAGAUCUUCGGCACGGCCAUGGGAAACCCAUUGUCCUCCACGGUAGCAGACCUAGUGAUGGAAAACCUCCUAGUAUCUGUCGUCCAUAAACUGGACUUCCAACUACCUUUCCUCAAAAAAUACGUAGACGACAUCGUUACGGCCAUUCCCCCAGACAAGCUGGACCACGUGAUGGAGGUGUUCAAUUCGUACAACGAACAUCUUCAAUUCACCUACGAACUAGAAAACAACUACCGACUACCAUAUCUCGACAUGCUGCUAGUUCGCACUGAAACCCAAACCAUCAGGACAGAAUGGUACCAAAAGCCCAUCGCGAGUGGUCGGUUCCUCGACUUUCACUCGCUCCACCCCUUGAACCAAAAACUCAACACUGCCACCAAUCUAAUCAACCGGAUCAACACCUUCUCUACAAACCUGUCCGACCAGCAGAAGAAACACUCGCCGUAUCAACCCCCCUGUUGA